UAUAUAUUAUGGUUGCGUAGGUGAUACAGAAAACUUCUAUUUUGUAAACGUAUCUAUGUCCAAUUCCUUGACAAGAAGUUGUUUAAAAGACUAUGCGCAUUCGCUGCCAUUCAUUCAGUCGUGAAAAAUGAUCGUUCGAAUGACUUUAAUUUGAAACCAAGUAGAAUCGUUGUGUAAUUUCCCCAAAGUUUUCAUGUUUUAUCAGUAUGAAUUUAUUAAAUAAUUUUUCGAAAGACGAAUCCGCAAGACGAACGCAUAACAUCGGCUGUUGUCAUUCUUCCUCACAUCAGUUUAUAAAUCAUAACUCGAGGCAGUCCCAAGAUGAUGCUUUUCCAUCUGAUCUUAGAAGUGAAUGUUGUGGAACUGAAAGCGAAACUGAAGAACAUUCCAAGAAACGUAAAGACCUAUCCGAAUCUGCAAAAUGUGAAGCCAAAACAAUUGAGCUUGUAGAAUCUAUCGGAAAGGUUGCCGAAGGUGGUUGCUCAAUAGGUUUGAGUGUGCCUUCCCUAGAAAUAUCGAGCCAUGAUCUUCAUCGGUCGGAGGAACCACUUGAACAAUUUUCUGACGAUGGCUGUAUUAGACACAUAACACAAGCUUCGCUCGUUGAAUUUAUUGAAAAGGUAACUGAAGAUUAUCGCUCUACGAAUUCGUUCAGGUCUCCCCUAGAAAUAUCGAGCGACGAUCAUCAUAAUUCGGAGGAACAGCUUGAACAGGUUCCUGGCGAAGUUGCGCUCGUGGAAACUGCUCGAAAUAUCGCCACAGAUGCUGGUAACACAAUUGUUGCACCGACUGAAACUUCCACGUAUAAUCAUAUAACUGAAAAUGCUUCCAAUACUUUCAUCAUACUUGUACCUUCCGCAGAAAACCCCAACAACAUCCUUCAUAAUUCGGAUGCACAACCUGCACAAGAUUUUCAAGUUGCACGUUCAGAAACUUCCAGAAAUAUUACUGAUGAUAUUCGCGACUAUUUGACUAUCCCUUUCCCAGAAUAUUCGAAUAGCAGUCUACCUAAUACAGCGACACGUCCUCAGAAAGAAUAUAAUCAAUUUUUAAAUUUGACCACCCUCUCCACACAAAUAUCGAAUGACGAAGUUCGUUGUAACGUAGAAGAGCAUUCUCAACAACCAUCUGAAGAGAAUCCGGCCUCAGAAGAUUCACAGAGCUGUUUCUCUGACUCGACGAAAGCGAACAAUCGUGUGCUCUUGCUCGUACUCAACGAACAAUUUGUUAAAACACACGCUAGGCGAACACUACGGAUAGAACAAGUACAAGUGACAACUCAACGCCCAAACUGUAACGAUGUGCUAAAUAUGUACCAGGGCAAUGGGGAGACAUCUUCUUUAGCUGGAUGCUCAAAAAAUCGAGAAAGUGAUGGCGAGGGCUGGAUUUCUCGCUCUGUGAAAAAGAACAAAGAACUUCCCAGCGCAGUUACCUCGAUACAAACCUCGGAUAGUGUUCCGAAAAAGGUACCCAAAGCAUUGACACGAGACUCGCCUCCAUACUGCUGCAAUAUCUGUGAUAGAACGUUUUCCUACCAAUCUGUUUGGAAAAAACACCAACAAGAACAUUUGAAGCCAUUCCUGUGUCCAAAAUGUAACAUACCGUUCGCUGAAAAACAGUAUCUCAUUGAACAUCAAGCAACUCAUCGUGAAAAGAGACCUUACAAAUGCAGAUUUUGUGAUGCACGAUACAAGCACAGCCGAGGUAAAUUAAAGCACGAACGUCACGUGCAUACAAACGUCUCUCGUUUUGAGUGUGCUGUUUGCGGUAAAAUUUUUGCAUUGAAAAGUUCUCUCAUUAACCACCUGCGAAUUCAUUCUGAUCAAAAACUGUUUUGUUGCCAAACCUGUGGCGCGAGCUUUUCUCAAAAAUAUAGUCUUGUUAGGCACCAACAACGGGCUCACAAUAAAGAGAAAAACUUGAAAUGCCGCAUAUGCAACCAGCUAUUUAAAUACCAAAAGGCUAAGGCACAGCACGAACGAGUACAUUUGGAAGGUCCUCGUUUUAAAUGCACCUUAUGUGGCAAGAAAUAUCAACAGAAACAGGGUCUAACCCAUCACAUGUCCAAACACCAUCAAGACAGUAAAGUAAUGCAUGAACGGAUACAUGUGGAGGAUCCUUGUUUUGAAUGCGCCCUAUGCGGCAAGAAAUAUAACCAGAAAAAGGAUCUAACCAAUCACAUAUUCAAUCACAAAGAAAGUCAAGUAAUACAUGAACGCCUGCCAGUGGAGGGUCCUCGUUUCGAAUGCGCCUUAUGCGGCAAGAAAUAUCACCAGAAACAGGAUCUAACCAAUCACAUAUUCAAUCACAAAGACAGUCAAGUAAUGCAUGAACGUCUACCUGCGGAGUCUCCCCAUUUCGAAUGCACCUUAUGCGGCAAGAAAUAUCACCAGAAACAGGAUCUAACCAAUCACAUACUCAAACAAAAAGAUGGUAAAUGUGAUUGGACAAGACAUCAGCGAAAACAUCUGAAGCAGUUUCACUGCCAAAAGUGUGGCAAACAUUAUGCUUUCAAAACCCAUCUCAUUAGGCAUCAAGCAACUCACUGUGAAAAGAGAACCUACAAAUGCGACAUUUGUGGCGCAAGAUUCAAGCACAACAACACUAAAUUACGUCACGAACGCUAUAUGCAUUCGGAAGUCACUUGUUUUGAGUGUGCUGUUUGCGGGAAAAAGUUUAACCAUAAAAGUUCCAUCUUUCUCCACCUGCGAGUGCAUUCUGGUCAAAAACCAUUUCGUUGCGAAACCUGUGGUAAAAGAUUUUCUUGCAAACCCGAACUCGUUUCACAUCAAUGGACGCACAGUAAAGUAAAAAAAUUCAAAUGCCGCAUAUGUAACCGGUCAUUUAAGCACAAACACACUAAGACAACGCACGAACGUUUACAUGUGGAGGGUGCUCGUUUUGAAUGCGCCCUAUGCGGCAAGAAAUAUCGCCAGAAAAUUGGUCUAGCCUAUCACACAUCCAAACAGGUUUGCAGCAAGUCAGUAGAGGACCUUUAUUUUGAAUGCGCCCUAUGCGGCAAGAAAUAUAGCCAGAAAGUUGGUCUAGCCUAUCAUAUAUCCAAUCAGGUUUGCAGUAAGUCAGAAAAGGAACGUUCAAAUGUGGAGGGCCCUCGUUUUGAAUGCGCCGUAUGUGGCAAUAAAUAUCGCGAGAAACGUUAUCUAGCCAAACACUUAUCCAACCAAGUUUGCAGUAAGUCAGCGCAGGAGCAUUUACAUGUGAAGGGCCUUCGUUUUGAAUGCGCCCUAUGCGGCAAGAAAUAUCGCAAGAAAUAUGGUCUGGCCUACCAUAUAUCACAUAAUUGCAGUUAGAUUUCAAUAAUCAGUGUCAACAUGUGUACAGAUUCAAAUUAGGAUUUUUAUUUGUGUUUUUCGGUUCUUGCUUAACAUUGGCAAAAGAGUUGAACAUUUUUUUGCAAUUUUUUGUAUAUUGCAGUGUUAGACAUACCAGAUGUGUUCUUAUGUUAGUACUUAAUAGGUACUUAUUUCUAUCAUUUUUACCCAUACAUAAUAAUAUGUAACUGCUUUGGCAAAUUAUAUUCCACUUAAUUGGCGUUUGAUCAAUUUUUGGGGAUUGUUUCAAUAUGUACCCAAUUUUCUGAAAAUUUCAUUCAAAUUCUGAGAUGUUUUAGAUUUUACAGUUUUUAUUUAUCGUACUAUUUUUUAAAUAUUU